AUGGCGAUGAUCAAGGCACUUUACACUCAAUACUUCCCAGCGAGCCCCACGUUAACCGAGAAGGAUGUUGGUAGCCAAGUUGGUAAGGUCUUCAUCAUCACGGGCAGCAAUACAGGAGUUGGGUUUGAUCUCGUGAAGAUGCUCUACCCAUCAGGCGCUACGAUCUACAUGGCAGGUCGAUCAGAAGAACGCAUGAAAAACGCCAUUCAAACAAUCACAUCCGUCUCUCCCGCACCAGCAACACCUGCAACGCUCAAAUAUCUACCUUACGAUCUCGCGGACCUAUCUUCAGUAAAAUCCGCAGCCGAAAUCUUCCUGAGUCAAGAAACCAGACUCGACAUCCUCUGGCACAACGCCGGCAUAGGAGGCGGCCUGGGUCUAACAACCAAACAAAACAUCGAAGGCCACAUCGGCAUAAACUGCGUCGCACCUCUCCUCUUCACCGAGCUCCUCCUCCCCAGGCUCACCGCCGCCGCAAAGACAAACGCAUCAUCCCGCAUCAUCUGGACCAGCUCCGCCAUAACCGAAGUCAAAGCACCCGCCGGCGGCAUCUCCCUCUCUCUCAUCGAAAAGCUCGCAUCAACCGACCCCUUCGCCGACUACGCGGGCUCCAAAGUCGGGAAUUACUGGCUCGCAGCUGAAUGCGCGAGACGCUAUGCCAAAGAUGGGAUUAUCAGCGUCGCGCAGAACCCGGGGAAUGUGAAGUCGGAGUUUUAUAGACAUCAGCCGGGGUUGAUGAUGGUGUUUGUUAAUCCGAUAUUGUAUGAGCCGAAGAUGGGCGCGUAUACGGGGUUGUUUGCGGGGUUUAGUAACGAUAUUACGACGACGAAGAAUAAUGGAGCUUAUAUUUGGCCGUGGGGGGUUAUUGUUGGGGGACAUAGUCGGAAGGAUAUUCAAGAGGGGAUUGUGAAUGGGAGGGCUGGGGAGUUUUGGGAGUGGUGUCGGGAGAAGUAUGUGGCUUAUCUUUGA